UGCAAAAGAACCAAUUUUGGUUCCAUUAAUUAAAAGUUUUUGUCAUUUAAAUCUUGGAUGUCCAUUAUCUUCUUUACCAAAAAAUAUCAGUGUUUUAGAAUUUUUAAGUAAAGAAAUUGAAGAAAAAGAAAAUAUUUGUUGGAAAUGGACAGGGAAAUUACUUUGUGUUGUUGACAAAAUUGAAAAAAUUGGUUGGAUGGUUGCCGUUGAUGGGGCUACACAAGAGGAUAUGUUUAAUUCUCUUUUUUCUUUAGAAUAUUUUGGAUUAACAAAAAGUUGGCCAACAGAAGAAGAAAUUUGCCAAUUUAGAGAGUCAAUGACUGGCCAAGGAUGGUCUUUACAAACAAAUCAAUUAAAUAUUGAUGAAUGGCGUUUUAGUAAAUCAAAUGUUGCAAAUGGAGUUGUUAAAAAGGAAAAUUGAAAAGAAAAGAUAUUUUGUUUUAAAGAAUGUUCUAACUUUUUGAGGGAUGUUUAUAUAUUUUUUGCAUUUAUCUUUAUUUAAAGACCUGGCUCCUCUAAAAUGCUUUGUUUCCAUAAUUUUUCUUA